CAAACCUGGUUUCUCCACCCACCCCUCAACCAAACAUCCAUCAUGCCCGUCGCUCCUAUUGUUGGCAAGCUCCGAAAGAGGUUGAUCACUGACCUUACCGCCGGUCUCGGUCUCGGUACCGCUGGUGGCUACGCCUUCUGGUACACCGUCCACCUCCCCAUGAUGAAGAAGAGGGACGACUACUACCUUAAGCUUGAGCAGGCUCGAUCUGGUUAAGCAAUCCUCUACAUACCAAUCUAUACCCCCCGACACCGCCUCACUGGGAGAGAAUACGCUCGAGCAGGGGAGACGAAGACGGGGAUUUUGGGACGAAAGGGAAUGCAUCUGGAUUAAAAAAUGGACGACUAUGGCGAAUGACAGCUGCACACUGGAGGCCAGGCGCUGGGCGGGAAGACGGGC